UUUGAAGUUUUGCAUUAGGGAAAAUCUUCGUUCUUCCUUUUUUUCACAGAUACUAGACAAAAACUAAGAGUACGAUCAUGAUCUUGGCUUUACUUUAGCCACCAAGAUCAUGAUCUAUCUCAUUUCAUUUCUUGUUUUUGGAUCAUCAAUCUUUGUCUUGAAUUUCGUUAGGGGUGUUUGUAAUUAGACAAAAAAAAUUAAGGUAAAAAGAAUGGCUUCGCGAUCUUUCAAGCAUUUGGUUGAACAAAAGUUAGGGACAGUUGGGUUUUUCAUUGUAUAUGCGGUUCUUGAAUGGGUGAUGAUCAUUAUUCUUUUCAUUGAUGGCUUUCUUGCACUUUUCACCAAUGAAUUUGCCAAGUUCUUUGAAAUGAAAGUCCCCUGCUUGCUCUGCACCAGGAUCGAUCAUAUUUUUGUUCAGAGGAACUCCAGUUUCUAUUACAAUGAUUCCAUUUGUGAGGGUCACAAGAAGGACAUCUCCUCCCUCGCAUAUUGUCAUGUCCACAAGAAGCUUUCUGAUAUAAGGAACAUGUGUGAAGGCUGUCUUCUCUCUUUUGCAACAGAGAAAGAUUCUGAUUGUGAUAAGUACAAGUCAUUAGUUGGGAUUUUGCACAAGGACAUUGAUUGUUUUAUGGAUGAUGAACAGAGAAUGUUGAUAAAAUCACUGAAGAAUGAAGAAGAGGUGAUCAAAGCUGGAAUUGAUGUCGUUCAGAACUGUUCUUGUUGUGGGGAGCGUCUGAAGUUGAGCACUAAAUAUGCCAGGAACCUAUCCAUAAAUGGAAAUCGUUUUUCUCAAGCUCCUGCCUCAUCUCCUCGCUCUCCCUUAACGUGGAAAAAUGAGGGAUCAAGCAGUAUGGAGAUGCCUCAUAUCCAGUACACAAAGCUCAAGUUUACCUCAGAUAAUGAAUCGGUUCUUCCAGAUGAUGAGGGUCACCAGAAUGCAGCAGGUACAGAGGAUAUUAAAGCUGCUACUGUCCCGCUGCUACCAGAUCCCGAGGACAUACAUGAUGAAUCUUGCAAAACCCCAAGUUCUGCAAGAAACAAGUUCUUUGGGAUUCCAUUGACAGACUCUGCUCAAGCCAGUCCUAAGUGGCCUUAUAAGCCCAGAAAAUUGGGUGGUGAUAAGAGUGAAUUCUUCUCAGAUGCUAAUGACACAAGUGUAGUAAACGAAGCGGAUGAUGACAUCUUGCAUAGCUUGAAGAGACAGGUUCGUCUGGACAGAAAGUCUCUCAUGGAAUUAUACAUGGAAUUGGAUGAAGAAAGAAGUGCCUCUGCUGUUGCAGCAAACAAUGCCAUGGCCAUGAUCACACGUUUGCAAGCAGAGAAGGCUGCUGUACAAAUGGAAGCCCUGCAGUAUCAGAGAAUGAUGGAAGAGCAGGCAGAAUAUGACCAAGAGGCCUUGCAAGUCAUGAAAGACUUGGUUAUGAAGAGAGAGGAAGAGAUAAAGGUCUUGGAGGCUGAACUCGAUACCUACAGGGAGAGAUACGGAAUUAUCAAAAAAGUCGGUAGUGAGGUCUGUGAAGUUGAUGCAGAUGAUGAUUAUCAAGAGUUGAGAUCUCAGUCUGCAUCAUCCUAUGAUGAAAGAUCUGACUGUGGCAGCCCUCGUGAAGUAGAUCAGAAUGGAGUAAGCAAGUUCCAUAUUGAACAUCCCGGGGAAUACAGAGAGGGAAAUGCCGAUGAAUCAAACCUUGAUUUUGAGAAAGAGAAAUCUCAUCUGCAGGGUUUGUUAGCAAACCUUGAAAAGAAGAUAAAAAUGCCUCCUGAUGUUGAAUCUCAUGUGCCAGAAUCAAAUGUGAUUCAAGAGAAAGGAAAUGACAAUAAGGCUACACUUACAAGAGAAGUGUCUCUACUUAGAGAGAGAUUGAGAGCUGUUGAAGCAGAAAGUGGCUUCUUGAAACACGCCGCCAUGACAUUACAGAGGGGUGGAGAAGGGACAAAACUCUUGACUGAGAUUGCUCAACAUCUGCGGGAGCUUAGAAACGCUGAUACAGCAACAGGGGUUGCACAUGCAUGACUCUUAUCCAAAAGAGUUCCCUCAUCACCGGAAGCUUAAUGCUCCUAGAAGUCUGCAGAAGAUUGCUGACUGUUUUUUGUGAUUGCGCUCUUAAGGGCCUGGUUACCAAGAUGAUGCAACAACUAACUUGAAUAUUUCAUAGGUCAUUGAAUUUGAGAACAUACGUGUACCCAUUCAUCAUUCCCCCUCUGCUGUUCUUCUUCCACAUUUAGGAUGUACAGUCUUGGAAGGAGCCCUGAAGGGUUCAGCUUUGGCAUUUACUCGGAGCUUUACUUCUCAUUACCCAGAGCCUUGAGGUCCUUCAGGUGAAAUUGGCUUGGAACCAGGUAACUUUGAAAUAAUCCAGCAAAAGGCAUUAUGGACUCACAGGAGUAUUACUAUGAGAAACGAAGAAAUAGUUUUUGUUAAAUGUAAAUGCAUCUAGAUGUUUAUACAUUUGUAAUAUAGUACCUACCUUAAACCAUCUAUUUCAGACUUGUUUCAACAGAUGCUAUGACAGGAAUUUCACUGACAGCAGUUGUAUACAUGCUCGUUUAGAAGAUAAUGUAAUUUAGACGUUAAUAAAACGAGCACAGUAGAAGGUGAGAAUGAGCAUAAAAAUGGUCCUAAUUCUCUCA